UCUUUCUCCCCCACACACGACAGACUUGCGCGUAGAUUCCUCCUCCCACAUUCCUAGUAGCCUCAUCCAUCCAUCUGAUUCAAGGUCGCCCCAAGGAGCCUCUCCGCUGCGAUGGAUGCGACUCCCAGUCGCACAUUCCCGUCGCAUCCCGCGACGCAGCGCGGGCGAGGGCUGCUGAUCGGGUCGCACGAGGCGAGCCAGGUCAUCACGUACUGCUGCGGCAAGUCCGUCGUCCUGCGAUCGCUCAAAGACCCGCGCGACUGCGCGAUCUACUCCGAGCAUUCCUAUCCGACGACCGUUGCGCGGGUCUCCCCCAACGGGGAGUGGGUGGCGUCCGCGGACGUGAGCGGAAUGGUGCGCGUGUGGGGGCGCGGCGGCGAGCGGCGGCUCAAGUACGAGCUGAAGGCGCUGAACGGCCCGAUCGACGACCUGCAGUGGUCGCAGGACGGGCAGAGGAUCCUGGUGUGCGGCGACGGCAAGCCCACCUACGUGCGCGCGUUCAACUGGGAUUCGGGCGGCAAUCUGGGCGACUUCGAGGGCCACACGAAGCGCGUGCUGAGCUGCACGUUCCGCCCCGCGCGCCCGUUCCGCGCGUUCACGUGCGGCGAGGACUUCGCGAUCAACUACUACGAGGGCCCCCCUUUUCGCUUCAAGGCGUCCAACAAGGAGCACGGCAACUACGUGAACUGCGUGCGCUUCUCCCCCGACGGGUCUCUGGUGGUGUCGGUGUCUUCCGACCGGCAGGGGCAGCUGUUCGACGGCAAGACGGGCGAGAAGAAGGGCGCGCUCAGCACCGACAACGCGCACACCGGGAGCGUGUACGCUGCAGCCUGGAGCCCCGAUGGGAAGCAGCUGCUGACGGUGUCGGCGGACAAGACGGCCAAGGUGUGGGACGUGGCUGCAGACGGCAGCACGGCCACUGUCGCCACCACCUUCUCGCUCGGCUCCUCCCUCGACCACAUGCAGGUGGGCUGUGCGUGGGUGGGCGAGCACCUCGUUACCAUCUCGCUCAACGGGGACAUCCAUUACCUCUCGCCCGCCUCCCCCUCCGCGCCUCUGCGCUCCCUGGUGGGGCACUGCAAGCCCAUCACGGCGCUCGCGCUCUUCUCGCCUGAAGGCGCGGGCGAGCCCACGCAGAUUGUCACGGGCAGCUAUGACGGCACCGUCGUGCGCUGGAGCCAGGAGACUGGCUCUCUGGGGAGGAUGGACCCUGCUGUCACUGCUGCUGGUGCUGGGAGUGCGGGUGCAGGUGCUGCUGCUGGGGGUGGAGGGGCGGCUACGCCUGUAGGAGUGGCGGCUAUGGCUGCAGCUGGCAGCACGCUCCUCCUCGCCUGCAAUGAUGAUUCCGUUCGGUUGCUAAACCUCCCGGACCUCACGCCCAUCCCCAGCACCCCAACGGUGGCAAUCGGCGCGCAUCCCAAGGACAUCUGCAUCGCAGCACACGACCCUGACCUCGCCAUCCUCGCCACGGCAUCUGGAGUCACCCUCCUCCGCUCCUCCGCCCUCCUCUCUUCCCUCCCCCUCCCUUCCACUGCCACUGCUGCCGCCCUGUCUCCGGACGGGAAGGAGGCGGCGGUGGGAGGGGAGGAUGGGGCGGUGCGGGUGUUUAGUGUGAAGGGCGAUACUCUGGAGGAGGUGGCGAAGCUGGAGCGGCACCGAGGGCCCAUCACGGCCGUGCGGUACUCCCCGGACGGGUCCAUGCUGGCUACUGGUGACCAGAACAGGGAGGCUCUGGUGUGGGAUACGGCCACUCGAGAGGUGAAGAUGCGCAACAUGGUGUAUCACACAGCACGCAUCAGCGCCAUUGCAUGGGCGCCCGACUCGGCGCGCGUGGCAACCGCAUCCCUGGACAUGUCCAUCAUCGUGUAUGACGUCAGCAAGCCGCCCGCCGACCGCCUCACCUUCAAGAAUGCGCACGUGGGCGGCGUGUCCGCCCUCGCCUUUGUGGAUGCCUCCACCAUCGCCUCCGCUGGCAACGACGCCUGCGUUCGCCUCUGGACUCUUCCGUAGGCUGUUCACUGUCCUCUGUUCUAGGACGCGCACGUGGGGGGCGCGUCCGCGUCUGCUGGCAACGAUGCGUGCGUUCGCCUCUGGGCUGGAUUCUUCCGUAGACAGUUGCUCUUUUAGGUGCCUCAAAAACCAUGGCAAAGGGGGUGUGGGGGCUCUGGGCUCUGGGCUUUGUGGGUGGGUGCUGCUGCUGACACCAUUGCUUCUGCUGGCACUGACUCCUGCUUCCGCCUAGGGGCAAGACAGCUUGUUGCUUGUUCCUUCCAAGGCUGCUCAAGGGCUGCAUAGACAUAGAGCCUGUUGACACUUCUUCAGUGUUUGGAGUAGUCCACUACAGGGCUCUAGAUCAGUUUUGAGGCUUCCUGAUCCAUCAGGAUUCUCCAUGCAGAAAAGUCUGAAUUUUCAGGGUCCCCUAAAAAAAAAUUAUGAGCCAU